CUCGGGGAAUCUAAUUGUGUCCAGGCGAAGGCAUUUCCAAUGAUUUUUGGUCGUGAACUCAGUCUUGGUGGUUCACAAUCUCAAUCUGUGAGUAUAAAUUUUUCCCCAAAGGUGGAAAAUGAUUCUGGUUUUGCUCUGGAUUCCUAUGAUGUGCAAGCAGUGGGCUCCAGUCAAGUUUAUAAUAAUUCUUCCAACGGGUUCCGAGGUGACGACAGUGAUGUGAAACUGUUUCCCCAGCUGAACCAAAUGAUUUCAGGGGGUUUCAAUGCUCCGGCACUGGUACCUAAUCCAGAGCUGCCUAAGGAUGAGUCAUUCUCUCUGCCUGAUGAGCGGAAACCAAGAAAGAGAGGCCGGAAGCCUGCAAAUGGUCGGGAAGAACCUUUGAAUCACGUGGAAGCAGAAAGGCAGAGGAGAGAGAAGCUUAACCAGAGAUUUUAUGCAUUAAGAGCUGUUGUUCCUAACAUCUCUAAGAUGGACAAGGCUUCUUUGCUUGGUGAUGCCAUUACGUACAUCACUGAUCUCCAGAUGAAAAUCAGGGUUUUGGAAACUGAAAGAGAGAUGGUAAACAAUAAGCAGCAAUUAACAGUGCCAGAAAUUGAUUUUCAGGCACAACAUGAGGAUGCAGUCGUGAGGCUGAGUUCCCCCUUGGAUGCUCACCCGGUCUCUAGAGUCAUAAAAACCUUCAGGGAUCAUCAAAUUGCCGCCCAAGAAUCAAAUGUGUCCCUAUCGGAGAACAACGUUAUUCAUACCUUCUCAAUUCGAACCCAAAGUGGUGCAGCUGAGCAGUUGAAGGAUCAGUUGGUGGCGGCUUUUUCAAAAUAAACUGACUGUAAAAUUUGUGUGCUUCUCAUGUGUUUCCAUGUAUUCUUUAUAGAAAUGCAGUACUCUGUUGUUGUUGACUAAUUGAUUUUGUUUGUUUC